AAAAUCACUAAUAGGUUUUUCGUGAGAAAGCCAGCUCGUUACUCGAGCAAGAUGCAUUCGACUGGGUUCCAUGGCGUGUUUCUGUCGAGCAUUUUACUGGCUUUCUUAUUGUAUUGCGUUUCCGCUGUCGAUGAAGCUUACCAGUGCCCGUAUAAUAUUCAUGUACAGAAGGGACAGAUUAUAAAAGCAAAACAGUCUGUGGAUAAUGGAGCAAGAUUUCUGAAACACACAUCCGUUUAUGAUGCUCGGGAAUGUCACCAGCUGUGCUGUGAGAGAAAAUACUGCGAUUUAGCACAGAUGCAGUACAAGAAUUCUUCAAAUGAAUUCUACAUCAUGCAAGUUGAGAAAAUUUGUUACAUGUUUCACUGCGGUGUUCCUAGUAGGUGUUUCUUCGAAGAACACGACCAUUAUGCUACAAUAAGUUAUGAAAGACCUGAUGAGGAACUAUCUGGCUUAGACAGCGAUGAUGAUAAUGAGUACAAAAAGCCUUCGGUGAAAGUCAACAAACCAUCUUGGAAAUCACAACAACCAACGCCACAAAAAGGUAAUCUUGAUUUUAGGCAGUUAACCAUCAAAAUAAUGGGACAACUCAUUCCCUUUGGCUUAAAACUUGAAACUAUAAAGGUUUUUAGAAACAGGGGGAUUUGAACAAGGAUGAAGAAGUUUGCAAAACUUGAUUAUCACUCACUAUCGUGAUAAUAACACAGUGCAAGCGAUCGCUUUUGUAUAAGCAAUAUUUUUGUACAUAAUUUUGUCCCCUAAAUCUGCAAUGAAUUUGUUUAGUAAGGGAACUUUUGACCAAAUUUUUGCUUCCUGCUCCCCAUAACCUUACUUCCUUCUUCCAAAGAUCAAUUAUCAGAUUUCCCAAAGUGGGAUCAUGUUUCUCUUCUGGCUUAUUAUUUUAAAAGAGGCUUCGAGAAAUAUUGUUCCAGCCAUAUUUUUAAGAAAGGCCAAGUUACUGUGGUGAACUAUUUGUUUGUUUUAAUUUCUUUCAUAAAAGGAGCCUACUUUAACUUGUCAUGAUUUUCUGUUUUGUGCGAGAGCAUUCUUAUUUAUUCUGUCAUUACCGCCUUAUUUUAGUUCUCCAAAAUUAAUUUCAAAGCCACUGCACUAUAAAAUACAAAUGAAAAUUUUUAAAAUUGAUUUUUUAGCAAAAGUAACCAGAAACUGUACUCCUGGUACAAGAGUGGGUCUGGUCUGUGGAAGGCUGGACCCACAAGUUACUUUUUAGCACUGAUAUGAUAAUAAGUGAGUUAAGAAAAAAAGGAAAAUAAAUUUUGUACCAAAUAUAAAAUUGAUGCACAAAGUAUUACAAAUCCAGUUUGCAAGAAAAGGUAAAAUCAGAGAAAAACAGAGCAAGGCUAGAAAGGUUCCUUCAAUCUAAUAAUUUGCAUUGUCAUCUUAUGGUGAUGAGUGAAAUCAGGAAAUAAUAUCACAUGUUUUGCCUGAAUUCUAAAAAUAUCCGGAGCUAUUAAGCAACUAGCCUGAGAAAGAAGUCAACGUUACCCUAUGCCAUCACUGGUUUCCCCGUAAAAUAAUGUCAGAGAAAUGAGUGCAGAAAUUCCUGAUGAUGUGUCACUACCCAGAUCUUGGUAGUGCUUUGAUUAAUUAAAGCAAAUUUCCCACAUGGCACAACCAGUCAGAAGCAUUACCCUGAUCUGGGUAGUGAUGAGUCAUCAGUAUGGAAUUUCUGCAAACGUUUGUCAGAUGUUACUCAGUUUAAGGGGAAACAAGCGAUGGUGUCACGAAAUGUAGGUUAUUAAGCUACAGAAGUAUCAAAAUUUUGGACAAAUGCCUGGUUGUAAAGUUCUUAAAUAAACCUCUGAGAUGUUUCUUUGUGAUAUGACAAACUUACGGUUUAAAGACAAGAUACCUGGCUGUCAAGAAAAAGGCGUAAACAACUUUUCUUUCAGCAAGCCCAAACUGCAAAUUAAAACAAAAGCCAGCUCCACAAGACCAAAUUUAAAUUAAAUGCCAGGGCAUUUAUUGAGAAGAUAUAUGACAUUUAUUUCUUGGAUCCUGUUAGCAUAGCUCCAUGGUGAUUUGAAAAUGAUAUAAUGUUCUAGACAUCAUCCUAAGACAGUUUAUUUUUAUUACUUAACUCAAUAGAUAAAAGUGAUGAGGAGGAGGAUUUAGGAUCUGAACCUCACAAAGCUCCCAAAAAGAAUCAACAGCCAGUGAAAGACAACCAAGAAAGUGAAGAACACAAAGAUCUUCAUAGCUCAUGGAACACAAAAUCGGAAAGUAAAAAUGUGGAUGAUCAUGCCAGUUGGAAAUUUAAGGAGUUUGAAAAAUCAAGAGAUCAUGUCAAGAAGACAGAAAGUCCUGUCUAUCAAGAAGUUGUGAAAAACCUUGAAACACCCACAGAACAAGUAAGGGUUAAAACAAGAAAACCUGUAGUGGUGGAAGUGAUGAAAGUCACUGAAAAAUCAAAAGUACAACCACCAACAGAAAAAGACGCAGAUGCUGAACUGGAGAUGAAACUUGAAGAACUCACGCCGACAGAGCAACAGCCAGAACUGAAGACCAAUCCCCCAGCAACCUUUCAUCACUGGAGAGAAUUUGUUGACAACAAUCCCAACUUUCCUUACACAAUUCCUGUGAAUGAGGAGUCAACACCAAAACAUACGCGUAUCACAACCCAGUAUCCUACCACAGAAAGAAUAACAACUACAAAGACAACUGUGAAAACAGAGCCACGCAAAAAGACCAACAAACCAAAACCAAAGCCCCAUAAAGGUGGCAACACCCAUAGUAAGUGCAGUUUCCCUAUUUUAUAUGGUAUUUAAGUAUAGGUCCUUAUUUUACAACAGUAACCUGUUACUGCAAUUCUACUGACAAACCUGAGGCCUACAAUGCACUCAUUUUACCCCCCCUCCCCCUCUCCAUCAGUUCUCUGUUCUACAGAUCUUUAAAGCUAAUUAAAUCAUUCACCCCUGAGCUGCCCAUAACCACCCGUGAAGAUACACAUCCCUUCUACCACUUGUGAUGUCAUCAGUUUUAAUGGUCAAGGACAACUUUGUCUGCUAACUUGUGCAAAGUGAAGAGGUCUUUCAGACCGUAACAGAAUGAACUCAAUUUAUUCAAGGACACUGGACAAAAAGGCAAAAAACCUUGUAACACUGGCCUGAUAAUUUCCACGAAAAUGUUGUUUCACAACCGGCCUACCUUUCCUUUCAUCUAAUUCUAAGAUCCUAAAAGCUUUCCUAAAAACUUUUCCCACCAAAAUGAAGCCUACUAAAUGCCCAGCAAAAGGGAAAAAAAGGCAAGAAAAGUAAAAGGCAAGACUGCUGUGUCACUUUCAAACCCAAAAACUAAUCUCAAAGUUUUGCUUUCUGUGCAUUCCCAAACUUUGCAAGCUAAUAUUUUGCACUUGGAUCAGAAGGCCUCCACUAGCUUCAAAAUGCAUUUGUUGGCAAAAGUUCCAGGGGUGAAUGGGUUAAAACUACUUGAAAAGAAAAGAAGUGGAGACAAAGAUUUAGAGUCACACCUAGUUCAAGGAAUGGAACUCAGAACCUUCCUCAGAGAAGGCCUUACACUGACCGACUGUGCUUAUCCUUGUCCAUGGUUAAUUAGGAUGCAUAAUAAACUCUGAUAAUAUUCUUUACAACUUAUAAAUUUUUUUGCAGCUACUUUAUUUACUGACAAGAGAUAUAUCAAGACACAUGUCUUUAAGUUGAAAUCACACCUCUCUCUUUCGGUCUACCAGUAAUAUCCAGAGGUAGUUCACCUCUCUGGUGUCUAAGUCCCCAGGGAUUUGAAAACAGCAGUGUUGGCCUUUCACUUUCCUCUUAACCUGACCACUAGAAACAGUAGACGACACAAUGCUAGCAGCUUGAUUUUAUCAAAUGGCCAAAAAUGAAUAGAAGUUAAUCUCUUUCUCUUUUUUAUUCAGAAGCUGUUGUUCCCACAAACCCUCAUCCAAGACUUGAAGUACCAUUACAGAACAAGAAUGUUUCAGAUGUUGUUGUCAUAGAAACACAACAUCUAAAGAUUAUCGAGAACAAGGCUGUACUUCCACUUGCUAUUUUCCUCAUAUUAGCCAUUCUGCUUCUCUUCGCUGUUGCUCUGAGACUCAGAAUUGUAAAGAGCAAAUUGAAGAGACGAGCAUUUGCUACUGAUGAUGCAGAUUAUCUAAUCAAUGGAAUGUACUUGUAAUUAAUAAUAAUAGUAUUAUUCUGUUAAUUUAUGAAGUGACAUUUCUUAAUGGAACAGUACAACUCUGAAACUGAUCUCCAGAUAGACCUAAAGACAAUUUGCUACUGUGUUAAGUCAUCUCAAAUUCUUCUUAGAAAGACCACGUAAUUGCAAUCUCAUUACAGGCCUGAAUUGAUUAUCAUUUAACAGAUUUACAAAGUAUUUGUUCCUCUGUCAUUUUGAAAACACCUUAUUACGAAGUGCUAAUAAUAUUUCAGGUGUAUUGCAGCAUUGUACAUUUCUCAGUUCUGUUCUAUGCCUGCUUAAAGGGAGGGAAUGUCAGAAAACUAAAAUGUGGUGCUUGGAAUAGUUACGAGAGCAAUUCAAGAACGCAUAUUACAGGGUGCCUGACUUAAGUGACUCUGGUAGUAUCAGCCCAUCAAUAAGUCACCCUUAUCAUACUUUCCUGACUGACAAUAAUAUUGUUAGUUUUAUCUGGUGAUUUAAGGGGCAAGGGUUGUUUUAAAUAUUUGGCAAACUAUUUGUCAAGAAACUUGUCAUGAAAUGUGCAUCAUGAUAUAAAAUAAAGCUGUUUUAGUAUACUUUAUAGUAAGAACACAAAUAAUGCAAUUUAGGUUGUAUUUAGGAAAUGCUUGGUGAAAAGAUGAUAAUUUAAAAAAUAAAAGUAAUGUAAUGUUAGUUUUGCUGUUGUACAUGUUUUUUUAGUGAGAGCUUAGUGUCACUGUGGUGUUUCAUAUGUAGUAUGCAGUGGACUGUUAAACUAUCAUAGAACUGUUAGAGAAUGAAAACAUUUAAAAAACAAGGGUAGAAGUACAGUUUUUGGUUGGCUGUGCUGGUCAUCAGAAAUGUACAGUAGAUUCUUGUUUUAAAGCUUUGAUAAUAAGCAGAGUAGCACCAAAGGGCAGUAAUGGCCUUAGUUCAGUUGAACCUCUCCACAAUGGCCGCCUUGGGGACAGAAGAAAGUGACCGUUGUACAGAGGUUUAACCUUUAAGCCCCAGUAUCCACAUACAAAUUCUCCAAACUGAUCUCUAUACAUUUCCUUAAAGGAUGAGUUGAGAGAAUUUGAUAAAAGAUCAAGGCAUUUUUACUUGGGUGAUCAUGUUAUUAAUUCUCAUAACUUAUCUGUUGACA